AUGAUUGGUAUCCAUCCAACCACGACUGUGUUAUCAGGGUUCAUCUUUCUGUCCCUGCUCCGAGCUGCAGCAGCUCAGGGAUUUGGGCCUCGUGGACCCAGACCGGUACCAGGGCGGGGGGACAGUCCAGAACCAACUCCACCUCCAUUCCCACCAGAGCCCACACCAAGACCUAAAGGUUGUGAGAAACUCAUCAACUGUCCCAUCAAGGUGUUCUUCACCAUCGACACCUCAGAGACCAUCGCUCUGCAGGAGUCCCCGCCUGGCAGCCUGGUGGAAAGCAUCAAGGAGUUCACAAAAAUCUUCACCCAAAAGCUCGCGGACGAGGAAUACAGGGGCCAAAUCCAGAUCACUUGGUCCAUCGGAGGCUUGCACUUCUCCCAAACACAGAUGGUUUUCAGCCAGUUCACGACCAGAGAGAGCUUAAUCCGGAGUCUCAGUCGGAUCAGGUACCUGGGCAAAGGCACCUACAUCGACUGUGCCCUCAAAAACAUGACCCACCAGAUGACUCAGCACUACUAUUCAGGGCCAAAGGCCGUCCUCUUCUCCGUGGUCAUCACGGACGGCCAUGUGACCGGAAACCCGUGUGCUGGGAUCAAAAUUAUGGCGGACAAAGCUCGAGAUCAGGGCAUUCAGAUCUUCUCAGUGGCAGCGUCCAGGAGCAUCGAUGAGCUGGGGAUGAGCGAGAUCGCCAGCUCCCCCACAGAGAUGUAUCGUGAUGACUACAUCGUCAUGGAGGUCGUUGAUGGGAAACCACAACUGAGCACCAAAUCCAUUGAUAGGAUCAUCAAAGUCAUGAAAUAUCAAGCCUACUUACAGUGUUAUAAGCCUACAUGUUUGGCUGUUCCUGGGAUCCCAGGGCGAAGGGGGUCUUCAGGUCCAAAAGGCACAAAAGGAGAAAGAGGUAAGACUGGGCAAAAAGGAGAAAAAGGUAAACAGGGUGAUCCUGGGAUCGAAGGUCCCAUUGGACGACCCGGAUUAAAGGGAGAAAUUGGAUUUAAGGGUGACAAGGGGGAACGUGGAUUCAUUGGAGCAACGGGUGUCGCCGGAGCGCCUGGCAGGAAUGGAACCGAUGGACAAAAGGGUAAAAUAGGCCGAAUUGGAGCUCCUGGUUGCAAAGGGAAUCCAGGCGAUAAAGGGCCAGAUGGGUACCCAGGAGAGUUUGGCAAGUCUGGACCCCCAGGUCACCAAGGAGAAAAGGGGGAUCCGGGACUCCCUGGAAAGCCGGGCCCCCAUGGCCCUCAGGGUGAGCGAGGACCUAAGGGUGAGAAUGCAAAUCCUGGAAAUCCAGGGCCACCAGGAGAAAAGGGAAUUCAGGGACCUGAAGGUGGACCUGGACCCAACGGCGACCUGGGCAGGAGAGGAGAUCCUGGAGUAAAAGGGGCAAAAGGACCUGGUGGGCAAAAAGGAGUAAAAGGAGAACAAGGACCAGAAGGAGGCCGUGGUCAGCCUGGGGAAGAAGGAUUUAAGGGAGCGAAGGGAGACCAAGGCCUACCAGGACCGAGGGGUCAGCCAGGAGAACCAGGGCCGCAUGGAGGAAAUGGCACUGUGGGAAAUCUAGGAGAACCUGGACCAAGAGGAGAUCCUGGUCCACCAGGUCCAAAGGGCGAUAAAGGCAGAUCAGGAUUCAGCUAUCCAGGACCGCGAGGAUCCUCUGGAGAUGUAGGGGAUCGAGGUAAGAGAGGGCCCAGAGGAACCAGAGGAGAAUGUGGCGCGAAAGGAGAGCCUGGAGAGAAAGGACCUCGAGGAGAACCGGGAGAACCAGGCCAGCCAGGGGAGCCGGGGGAGCGAGGACCCCGGGGAGAAGCUGGAGAGGAUGGGGGUCCAGGACCGGUCGGCGAUCCUGGGAUCACUGACUGUGACGUCAUGACGUACAUCAGGGAAACGUGCGGUUGUUGUGACUGUGAAAAGCACUGUGGAGCCCUGGACAUUGUGUUUGUGAUCGAUAGCUCAGAAAGUGUCGGGCUGACCAACUUCACCCUGGAAAAGAACUUUGUCAUCAACACCAUCAACAGACUGGGAUCUAUGGCCUCCAACCCGACAUCGGCAACUGGCACACGAGUUGGAGUUGUACAGUUCAGUCACGAAGGGACCUUUGAGGCUAUUCGCCUUGACGACCCCAACAUAAACUCCAUGUCUGCCUUUAAAACAGCAGUGAAGAACCUGCAGUGGAUCGCAGGGGGAACCUUCACACCCUCUGCUCUCAAAUUUGCCUAUGACAACCUGAUUAGGGACAGCAAGAGAUCCCGCGCCAAGAUAUCUGUCGUCGUGGUCACCGACGGCCGCUUUGACCCUCGUGACGACGACAACAAGCUCAGGUACCUUUGCAACGACCCCGACGUGGUGGUGAAUGCCAUUGGGGUUGGUGACAUGUUUGAUAAGAAACAUGAUAGUGAGACCCUUGUGUCAAUAGCUUGCAACAAUAAGAACAGAAUCACCGAGAUGAAGCAAUACACCGACUUGGUGGCUGAGGACUUCAUUGAGAGGAUGGAGACUGUGCUCUGUCCUGAUCCAGUGAUUAAAUGUCCAGACCUCCCCUGUCAAAGUGAGCUAGACGUAGCUCCGUGUGUUGGACGACCUGUAGAUCUGGUAUUUCUUCUAGAUGGCUCCGAGCGUCUCGGAACGGAGAACUUCAACCACGUCCGUAACUUUGUGCAGGCUGUGACAGACAAACUGGUAAUGGCGAAGGGGAAGAGCGAUCGAAAGUGGGCUCGUCUGGCGCUGAUAGAGUUUGGCAAAGAAAAUGAAAAUCAAGUGGCUUUCCCUCUCACGCAUGAUUCUAAGACCAUCGCUCUGGGUCUAUCAAGUUUAACCUACAUGGAUUCUUCUUCAACGGUGGGGCCUGCCAUCAUCCACACCAUCAAUGACUUCCUGGGUAAAGGAAGCACUCGCAAGACGAGGCGUGGAGCUGAGGUGUCGUUUGUUUUCGUCACGGACGGAGUCACUAACAGCAGCAGCCUGGACGAGGCGGUCAGUGCGAUGCGCAGGGAACAGAUUGUUUCCACAGUGAUUGCCACAGGAAGUGACGUUGAUCAAGAAGUCCUAACAAAACUAGCAAUGGACGAUCAGGAAGCCAUUUUCAAAGUACAAAAAUUCUCUGACGUGUUACAAUCUAGGAUGUUAAACCGUUUCAUCCGGUGGGUGUGUUAA